AGCAAAGGGGGGAAGGAGGAGGGAAGGAGAAAGAGUUGGUGCUGAGAUCGAUGAAGUGGCAGGCAGAGGGAGGAGGAGGAGGAAAAUCUCACGAGAUAAUGAAAGAGGAAAAAGAGGAGAGCUGCUAGUGUGGAGCAACAAAAAAAAACGAGGCAAGAUUUUUUUGGAGUGGGAAAACAAAGAGUGAGGACGAAGAGAGCGCGAGAGAUUCGUCUGUUGAACCGCAGAUGGGUUUUUUUUUUGGCACUCUGGUUUCGGUGAAUGUAGGACCAAUUGUGUGAAUCUGCAGGGCUGCUCGGCGACACAAUCGGAGACAUGCACAGGACGGACAACAGCCGCGGACGCGCUCUCAUAAGUGGAUAAAAAAAGGCACAAAAGCCAGGCAUCUGCCGAGGAGCAGCUGAGCACCGAAGAGACAAGAGAGCGGAGUGCUGAUGCACAAGUGCGAAUAAAAUCACAGUAAAAGCUCCGGAUGCUGUUGCAAACCGGUUUUCUGGGAGUUUGAGGGAGUUUGAAGACAGUACUUAACGUUAUCAGAUAAUUAAUUAGACACCCCAUAAGCCCGGAAAUCAAUUAAUUCACAAAUCAAUAAAUCCAUAGUCUGGUGUAACAAGAGAGCUUCCAGACUUUUAGCCCGGCUGUUAAACAACAAUAACAAGAAGAGCAACAACACGCAGGGGCCACACAUUUAUUUGUAACGGAUUGAUGAUGGAUGGGGGUCUAGGGGAGAUGUCCCUCCACUCGGAUCUGGGUCAGGACGGCAGGGCCAUGCUCCACUCGCGGGACCUCUCGGCUGCUUUCCCCCGGCCCUCCCUCGGGGGCCCCUCCAUGUCUCUGGAGCCCGAGCCCCGUCCCCCAGGCUUCGAUCACUCCAUGUCAGCUCUGGGAUACAGCGGCGACUCCCCGUCCAGCUCCGGCAGCACCUACACCACGCUGACCCCCCUGCAGCCCUUCGACGACAAGUUCCACCACCAUCAUCACCACCACCACCCCUGCCUGCCGGUGAGCAACGUCAUCGGGAGCUUCACCCUCAUGCGUGAUGAUCGGGGCCUCGGCACCAACUUCUACAACCCCUAUGGCAAAGAUCUGGCCAUGUCCCAGACCCUGUCCCAGACCCUGUCCCCCCCCACCACGGGAUCAGGUUUGGGUUCCUCCAUGCACGGGUACGGAAGUUUAGGCAACAGCCCCAAUGGAAACGGCGGGCAGAUGCUCCACGCCGGAUACGACGUCCACGGGGGAAGCCUCUUCUGCCGGACGUCAGAUUUCGGGCGAGAGAUGUCGCCGCCGGGUCUUGGCGGAGGCGACGUGUCGGUGGGGCAUCAGCUGAACAAGAUGGAGGCUCACCAGCACGCCCAGAGCCACCACCCGCACAUCUACAGCCAGCACUACCAGCCCCACCACCACCCGAGCCAGCAGCAGGCCUCCAAGAUGGGCGAACACCUUCUCUCCACGUCCUCCGCCCUGUCCUCGCCCAACGAGAGCAUGAUGGGGGGUUCGCAGGGUGGAGGAGGAGGAGGCGGAGAGGAGAUCAACACCCGGGACGUGGCCCAGAGGAUCAUCACCGAGCUGAAGAGGUACAGCAUCCCCCAGGCCAUCUUCGCCGAGAGGGUCCUGUGUCGGUCACAGGGCACGCUGUCCGACCUCCUGAGGAACCCCAAGCCCUGGGGCAAGCUGAAGUCCGGCCGCGAGACCUUUAAGAGGAUGUCCCGCUGGCUGCAGGAGCCCGAGUUUCAAAGGAUGGCUUCACUUCGGCUGGAGGCCUGCAAGAGGAAGGAGCAGGAACAGAGCAAGCUGGAGCGAAACCAGGGCCCCAAACGCACCAGACUGGUUUUCACGGACCUGCAGCGGCGCACCCUGUUGGCCAUCUUCAGGGAGAACCACCGGCCCACCAAAGAGCUGCAGAUCACCAUCUCCCAGCAGCUGGGCCUGGAGCUGACCACCGUCAGCAACUUCUUCAUGAACGCCCGCCGACGCAACGUCAACAAGUGGGCCGAAGAGGGCCGUCCCUCCUCCACGGGUUCCUCGGGCUCCAGCGUCUCCUCCUCCGCAGUUUCCUGCAGCACGGCAUGAUGACGGACCGCCGAUUUUGGGGGAAGGCGCCGAGGGAGCAAGGGGGCACAUAGACUGGUCUAGGCAGAGAUCAGCCGUCAUAAAUGUCCUCCUCGUUAUCAGAAGGAGCGACGGAGCCAGCUAUUAUAGAUGAUUUUAUGAAGAUGAAGCAU